CACGCUCGCGAAGCAAGUAGCAUUAUAGCAGGAAGUGAUUUAUAUAAAUACCCACAUAUACAUAGGCCGCUGUCUCCAAGAUAGGCCUCUACAGAAAAACUACAUUUGUAUGUGUUUCUUGUAUCGGAGCUCAAGCGUGCUACUGUAACGUUAUAUAACCAAACUCGAACUAAAUUACUUAUAUUGAAAAGCAAUGCAAGGUAGGCCUGCUAUCAGAAAGUGGAUAGUUCUAAACUUGAUUUGAAAAGAAAAAAGAACUUCUGUGGAAAAAACAUAAAAUACGUCUUAAAUUAGUUCUUAUAAUUUGUAACAAGGAAUAAAAAAAAAAAAAACAGUAGCCAAAAGUUGUGGUCAAUCAUCUUACUAAAUGGCUCAUGGAUUAUAAUAUAAAGAAAAUGCUUCCACUGUGUUUCUUACAUUGACAUUAUGGGAAAAGCAGCUUAUUUCAGCUAUGUAAUCACCCUUCUACUGAUAUGGCUUGAAGGAGGUUUCAUACAAGCGCAAUCAUGUGACAGGGGAAAGCACUGGAGUCCAGAGAAGCAGACGUGUGAAAAAUGCCCAGUUGGCACGUACCAAGAUAAUGUCCAGGAUUUUGUACCAACAGAAUGUAAACGUUGUCCUGAUAGCACUACAACUUUCAUUGAAGGCGCAACGUUAAAAAGUUAUUGUAGAGUUGACUGCCCGUUAGGCACAGAGUACAACUUUAGAUACCACAAUUGUUCUUUGUGUCCUGUUGGUGAGUUUAGGAACGAGGUGGUGCAGUUCUGUUACUUGUGUCCCUACGGCCACACAACUGUCAACUCCGGCUCAAGCGCGUGCAUCAAGACAAAUUCCAACCCGCCAUUAAUACAGAAACUGAACAUCACUAUUGCAUUGUCUUUCAACUUGGGACCGUGUGAGAACAUUAACCACGUGACUAGCACGGUCCAACAGAACGUCCUGUUCCUGAUGAGACGUCAGAGGGCGCGCUACCCUGAUCUGUGUGCGUCAGACAACUGUGACAACAUCCGUGUCACCAUACAAAGCGUAUGCAACGCCAGUGAGGGCGCCAGGGCGCAUAUUGACGUCAUCAACAUUAACGACUUCCUGUUUGACAACAAGGUGGAGCAUUACAGAAAUACUUUGUCUGUGCUCUUGGAAGCGUUCUACGAUAUGACUAUCAUCCAGGACACGUUGGCAAAUCCACCAAUCUGUGACACUGGCCAGAUUUUAAAACUUGAUGGAGAAUGUGAAAGUUGCCAACCUGGACAGUUUGCUAAUGGUUUCCAAUGCCGAAUUUGUGCUAAGAAUGAAUAUUCUGCAAAACCAGUCAACAAUUUUUGUGUGAAGUGUCCACCAAAUACAAAGACAGAAAAGGAAGGCAGUUCCAACAGCAGUGACUGUAAAGAAGACGACAAGACAGUUAUUAUAGCGGCAAGUACAAGUGGUGCUGUGGUGUUGUGUGCUGUGAUUGUGAUUGUGGCUGUGGUUUGCUGGAGAGGAUGUAAGUGGUGCUGAGUCAUUUUAUUUGAAUAGAUC